AUGCGAUACCUGGGUCUCGACAUCGACAGUCAGUGGACGUUCGAGCCGCACUUCGACUCCCUGAUCUCGAGGGCGACGGCGGCCGCCAACGCCUUGUGCGGCCUGCUGCCGAACAUCAGCGGAGCGGGAGUCGCGGUGCGCCGACUAUGCGAGGGCGUCGAUCGGUCCCGGGUGAUGUACGGGGCCCCGGUAUGGGCGGACGAUCUGAUGGCGAGACGCCGCAGCAUCCUGCUUCUCAGGAGGCUGCACAGGGUAACUGCCGUCAGAAUCGUCAGAGGAUACCGAACAGUGUCGCACGCCUCGGCGACCGUUCUGGUCGCGUCUCCGCCGUGGAAACUCCGGGCGUUGGUGCUCAAGAAGAGGUAUGAACAAAGGAGACCGUGGGACCCGGCCGAGCAGGCGGCCUCAGACGACCUAGGAACCGCCGAGGAGGACGCAUGGGACCAGUGGCGAUCCCAGAUGAUCAAUGAAGCAGGCGAACACCGAAGCGCGGCGGCAGUUCUCCCAAAUUGGGGGACAUGGAGAAGCCGCCGCGGCCUCCCGCUCACCUUCAGAAUGACCCAGAUAGUCACGGGACACGGCGUGUUCGGGGAGUACCUGAAGAAAAUCGGAAGGAAGACGACGGACAUCGGUCACCACUGCGGGGAAGGCAGGGACACGGCGCAGCAUACGCUAGAGGCCUGCCUGGCAUGGGAGCUGCCCCGCUACACCCUGCGGCAAGUCAUAGGCGAGAGGCUGACCCCCUCAGCGAUCAUAGCACCGAUGCUGAGCGGGCCACAGGAAUAUGAAGCUGUCCGCCUCUUCUGCGAGCGAGUUAUGCUCGCAAAGGAGCGAGCAGAAAGGGUUACGAUCGGUCUUAGUACCAUUCAGGCAUUUGCGUGGAGCAAACGUAGAGAGGACGGAGCCGUGAGCGUGGUCGGAAUCUCCGAGAAACUGAAGAAUUUGAACAAGGAAGUUAAUCAGAGCGAAGGGCUAGUGCCUGUGGAAAAAUAG